GCCCCAAAUAUAAAACUCUGAACCAUUAAUUCCAAAGACAAUCGCCCAGAGACAGAUUCAGAGAGGGAGAGAGAGAAGACCACCACCCAAUAAACAAGCUCGGGAAAUGGACACUGGAGCGGCGGGAGUGGGUCUCGCCGCAGCAGCCGCCGACGAUCCGUUCAAGGGAUCGCCGUUCGCCGCCGUUUCGGAUUGGAGUUACGGCGUUUCGCGGCGCUACCAGCACUUGCUCGACCGCACGACGCCGCACGUGCUGUACCGGUGGCUGGCGUGCCUGGCGGUGGCCUUAAUCUACGUCUUACGCGUGUACCUGGUCCAAGGCUUCUACGUGGUGUCGUAUGGCUUGGGGAUCUACGUUCUCAACCUCCUCAUCGGGUUUCUCUCUCCUCAGGUCGACCCGGAGAUCCACGACCUCUCCUCCUCCGACGGCCCCUCCCUCCCAACCCGCGGAUCCGAUGAGUUCCGCCCCUUCGUCCGCCGCCUCCCCGAGUUCAAGUUCUGGUACUCAAUCACCAAGGCAUUUUGCAUCGCUUUUGCGAUGACAUUCUUCAGUGCGUUUGAUGUACCUGUGUUCUGGCCAAUACUUCUCUUCUACUGGGUGGUGCUCUUCGUUCUCACCAUGAGGAGACAGAUUGUACACAUGAUCAAAUACAAAUACGUCCCCUUCUCUUUUGGGAAACAGCGGUACGAUGGAAAGAAAGCUCAUUCGUCUUCUGUAAAGGCUACAACCCUCCUUCCUAGGGACUGAAACCUUCAGCCACGGGAGUUUUUUGGAAGAUAUGCGGCCUGGAGGAAUCAUCUUUGGAGCUAAUUCACGCGUCUUGUAUCUGGACAUAACGCGGUUAAUUUCCUCGGCUGAAGGCUGAAAUUUGUUGUUUAUUUCGAUUAUGCUUCAAGAAUCAUACUUCUCAAGCACUUGUAUUGAAGAUUCGUUUAUGUUGUAAUUGUGAUGGUUAUUCGCUUAUGCUGAGAAUAAUGGAUUAGCUUACUAGUUUUUUCCCA